AUGUUAGGUCGUAUAUUUCGAACUCAAAAUCGUACAGCUAUUUAUAAUCGAGCACAUCGAAUAACAGCAUCAUUUUUAAUUGGUUUAACUGGUGUUGCUUUUCUUGCUGUUUGUCAUCAAUUAUAUAAGGCUAAAACUGAAUAUUUACCUGAAAUUCGUCGACGAGGUAAAGAACGUCUUGAAACAGCUCUUGCCGUACGACAAAGUGAAGCUGAAUUUGUUGAACAACAACAUUCCAAUAUAAAACAAAAUCAACAUGAAGAAGAGACUGGUCCAUCAGCAUCUAAUGAAGAUGUUACUUUUGAUUAUCCAGAUAUAAAAUAUGAAUUUCUUGAUAAUACUGCUGAUAUACAAAUUCAUGCAUGGGGAAACUCUGUUGAAGAAUCUUUUGAACAAGUAGCUAUGGGAAUGUUUGCAUAUAUGACUGAUAUUGAUCAUAUUGAAAAUCGUGAUAUGAAACAAAUUGAUAUUCAAGUCGAAGGUGAUUUACAAAAUUUAUUAUAUAAAUUUUUAUCUGAAUGGCUUGAAGUUUAUGGUACAGAAGAUUAUUUUAUAGCAAGAAAAAUUGAAAUUAAUUUAUUUGAUCGUCAUCAAUUACGUAUAAUUGCUCGUGGUUAUGGUGAAACAUUUGAUUUAUCACGACAUACACAAGGAACUGAAAUUAAGGCAAUCACUUAUUCAAAUAUGCAAAUACAUGAAGAAGCAUCAACACAUGAUGUCUAUGUCAUUGUUGAUAUUUAA